AUGUCGUUUCAAAAAGAUAAAUUCGAAAAACUCGUUGAAUACGGAGUCCUAGAGAAAUCGGCAAAAUCUGGAGGUUAUGUUCAUGUUCAUGCAGAGGAAAACUCGGAGGGAUUUUUUGAGGCGAUGGAAAAUAUGGAAUCUUCUGGCAAUGUUGUUUGGAUAGUGGGUUACCCAAAGACGGGAAGCCACUUUGUUCAGGGCAUUUUGAAGAACCUUGGCUGCAAGUUGACAACUGAGAUAAAAGAUGAAGAUACCUACAUUGAAUGGAACCCUUUGGAAAACCAGCGAUUUGGGAAAAAGGCCAUUCAAUUGCUAGAAACUGCUGCUAAAGACCAUCCAACUCAAGAAGUUCCUCUGGUGAUGCCUCAUUCUCACCUACCCCUUUCAUCUUUUCCACAAAAUCUGAACGGGAACAAGGUAAUUUUCGUCGAUCGCGAUCCAAGGGCCACUGCUGCCUCUGCUUUUCACUUCUUUUGCGAGAAGAAGGAUGAUGAAGAUACUGUCUACAUCGAGCCUUUCGUCAAAACAAUGGAAAUCAACGAAGAUAUCAACAAAUUUACCGAGUUGUUCUUUACUGGAAACUUCUAUUACGGCGAUUAUUUUGAAUACAACAAUCAGUGGAAAAUGAACUUCAAAGCCAAAUACCCAAAAGCGGAAAUUCUUCAUUUGAAAUUCGAAGAUCUCAAGUCGAAUUUACCCGAACAAGUUUCGAAAAUCGCUAGUUUUCUCAACAUUGAAAAUGUCGAUGCGCAGAAAAUUGCCGAAGAUUCAUCAUUCAGGUCGAUGUCGAAGAAAAAAGUAAAAGUGGAGCGAAAAGAAGACUUCAAUACCAAACUCUACCGCCAAGGAAAAGCCGAGGCCUGGAAGUCUGAAAUCGAUCCAAUUCUUCUUUCGAAAUUUGCGCUGAAGUCGGAGAGAAACGGAUAUCCCUUCUACUCUGAUGCCAAUUUAUCUGUUCUCUGA